AUGGCAAAGUUCGUAAGAUUCUCGACACUUGACCAAAGUCUGAGUCCAAUCUACGUCUCUGUCUUCUUCUGCUUUGCUUUCCCCGACAGUUCCAAGAAAUCGGCAGCACUUUCAUGUCUCGGGGCCAGCCUUCAGCGCGUAUUCGCCGAACAACCGCACUUGUCAGGCACCGUUUCCAUAACGCGGAAGAGAAUUGAGUACGACACCACGAUACCAGUAGACGUGGUCGCAUCAGGCCAUCUCGUGGCCAAGGUCGUUGACCAUGUCACCUACGACCAACUCGCAGCGAGACGCUUUCCUUCCGACCUGUUGCCGCGCGACAUGUUUGCACCGAAGCCACACUCGGUGGGCUCUGACGACCCAUGUAUGCAAGUGCUGCUGCUGCAAGCCAACUUCAUCCCAGGCGGGCUGGUACUGAGCGUGACAUACCAACACAACGCCAUGGACGGCAGCAGCGCCGCUGACGUUUGCCGCAAGCUCGCUGCCUACACGCGCGCAUUCAGCAGUGGUCUGCUAGGGACCUAUCAGCCGUCCGACCCUCAACCCGACCUGGUGCCACCCGCGGUGCUGUGUGCGUCGUCGUCCAGUGACACGGCGCCCACCAUCGACGCUCCCGAGUACGACUUCAACAACACGCCCAUCGACCUGGGCGCAGCCACCGCCACAGCACGCGUUCUCCGUUUCCCCGCUGAGGCGGUACGCCAGCUGAAGCGCCGAGUAACGGAGCAGCUAGCACGGCGGCCGGGCGGGGCGCCAUGGGUAUCGACGGUCGACUGCCUGAGCGCACUGCUCUGGGUCGGCGUCCUACGCAGCCGCGCGGCGCGCCUUGCAGCCGAUGACAUUGUCCGCUUCUCCACAGCCGUCGACGUGCGUACGCGCCUGGGUCCCGAGCUGCUCCCUCCUACCGCCUUCGUGGGCUACGGGGUGCUCCUCGCCAUGGCCCAACUACCACUAUCGUCGUUCCCCGAUCACCUCCCGCAUUCGCAUCUCCCGCUCCCGCUCUCGGUUGCCAACGUCGCCCACGCCGCCCGCGCCAUCCGCCACGCUGUGGCCGCCGUCGACGCCGACUACGUGCGGGCCCGCGUCACCCUCAUCGCCGCCCUGCCCGAUCCCUCGGCCGCCGCCAUGGCCGCCCUGCGUGCCGUUGACAUCGCCCGUACGGGACUCUUCUUGACGUCGUGGGCCACCUUCGCUGCUGACGCCGUCUUUGACAUCCCCGGCCUACAGCCCGGUGGCCCGCGCCGUGCUGACGCUGUGUGCCGGCCCAGCGGUGCCGCAGUUGGUGCCGCAAAUCUUCUACCGCGUGUUCGCGAUACGGAGGAUGAUGCGGACUGGGAGGCUUUAUUGCAUUUGUCAAGGGAUGACAUGGAAAGAUUUAUAGAUGAGGAUUUACUUUUACUCCCCUGA